AUGCUUCAGCGUACCAAGUAUAACCGCUUCAGGAAUGAUUCGGUGACCUCGGUUGAUGAUCUUAUUAAUAAUUUGUCCAUGAACAGCAAAAUCUCAGCAGGUGGGACAGCUUCGGCACCGUCACCAUACCUGGUCUUGCCUGAGGUUCUGCAGAAGGACCAGGAUGGACCCACGACUCUUUGCACUCUUAUGCACAAAGUGUCCCACUUGAAACUCUCCAACACAGGCAGCCUUUUGGGUAUCAAAAACCUCUCCUCUGCAGUGAAGGAGCUUGCUGUCUCCAAGUUGCAGGGUAGCUCAGCAGCAGACGCUUCAGACAACACAUGUAACCUUGCCUCUGCUGCUCCAUCUUCUCAGCAGGACAAGAGCAAGAUGAGUGCAGGGAAAAAAAGCUGGCCAGAAGAAAUGCACCUGGGAGGUGAAGACUGGCAUCAAGGGAGUAAUGUUGCCAACAAAGUCUCCCAAGGGUGGCUGCAUUCGAAUGAGAAGAUACUGGGACCCGGAGUGACAUACGUUGUGAAGUAUUUGGGAUGUAUAGAGGUACUACGCUCCAUGAGAUCUCUUGACUUCAAUACUAGAACACAAAUUACCAGGGAAGCAAUCAGCCUUGUUUGUGAAGCUGUGCCAGGCACCAAAGGAGCCUUCAAAAAAAGAAAGCCACCAAGCAAAGCUCUCUCUAGUAUCUUGGGGAAGAGCAACCUUCAGUUUGCAGGAAUGAACAUAACUCUGAAUAUAUCUACUACCAGCUUAAACCUGAUGACUCCUGAUUCCAGACAGAUUAUAGCAAACCAUCAUAUGCAGUCUAUUUCCUUUGCAUCUGGAGUAGAUGUGGAUACAACAGACUAUGUUGCAUAUGUAGCCAAGGACCCUGUUAAUCGCAGAGCGUGUCACAUAUUGGAAUGCUGUGAUGGCCUAGCCCAGGAUAUCAUCAGCACCAUAGGGCAAGCCUUUGAACUCCGUUUUAAGCAAUACUUGCAGUGCCCUUCAAAGAUUCCUGCUCUUCAUGAUAGGAUGCAAAGUUUGGAUGAACUUUGGUUGGAAGAAGAAGGUGAGGCAACAGAACACCCCUAUUACAACAGUGUUCCAAACAAAUUGCCUCCUACUGGAGGCAUGGUUGACAUGAGGCUCAAAGCCAAGUUCCCCUCUUCUGCAUCUGCAUUGGGAAGAGAGCAAAUAUACUACCAGAGCCAUCAGAUAAGAAACAUAUUUGGUGAGGAUUCGCAACAGGGAUCCAGCAGGCAAGGGUCUUUGGACAUCUACAGUGUGCCGGAGGGAAAGUCUAAUAUCACAUCGCCAGGAGAGAUUGCAACCUAUGUGAAUACUCAACAUAUAAACAUGGAAAUACUUGGAGCAACAGGAAGCACCAAAGACAGCAGUCCAGGAAAAGAUCUUUUUGACAUGAGCCCUUUUGAAGAUGCUCUCAAGAACCAACCUCCUGGGCCCAUUUUGAACAAGGCUACCUCAGUGGAAUGUACCAGUCCUCUUCUGUCCAGAGCAGCUCAUUUGGCAGUAGCAGGAGAACUGAGCACAGAGCCCUGGUAUCAAGGGGAGAUGAGCAGGAAAGAAGCAGAGCAGCUCUUAAAGAAAUGUGGAGACUUUCUGGUUAGGAAAAGCACCUCCAAUCCAGGAUCCUAUGUGCUAACUGGACUACACAAUGGACAAGCCAAGCACCUUCUCUUAGUGGAUCCUGAAGGAACUGUUCGUACCAAGGAUCGUGUAUUUGACAGUAUUGGCCACCUCAUCAACCAUCACCUUGAAAACAAUUUGCCCAUUGUCUCUUCUGGGAGUGAGCUCUGCCUCCACCAGCCAGUGGAGCGAAAACAAUGA